CACACACACACACACACACACACACACACACACACACACACACGCACACCAUCUUUCAUAUCCCACAUGACGUGAACGUACCAUCAUAUUUUCCUGUACCUACAGUCUAUGAUACACACAUACACACACACUUACACACAUACGAGGACGAAGAAGAGCGCGAGACAAAAAGAUGGACUGAGAGCAGAUGAAAUUAAUCCACUGAAGACGCCAGUGUGGGAGCACCUUGGUCCAGCGGACACAAAGGAGCCAUUCAGGUGGAGGGCGGGCAGGACAGCAGGUAUCCUCUCGUAGAGCCCCGGCCUGCGUCAGUCUGUCCCCCUGACGGACGAACCCCUGGGGCCCGCCGCCAUGGGCAAACCAUCGCUGAAGGACCAAAAAGAAGCUGCGAAGGACAAGAUGGGGAGGCCAAACCCUGCAGCCACUAAAGAUACCUUCAGCUGGGAGCAGUACUUGAAAGAAACAUCAUCCACUCCGGCUCCUCCCAGCUUCUUCCGCCAGUCCCGGCUCCCGCCCUCCAACGACUUCAAGGUGGGCAUGAAGCUGGAGGCCCGCGACCCGCGCAACAGCACCUCCGUCUGCAUCGCCACGGUGAUGGGCGUGACGGGCGUGCGGCUGCGGCUGCGUCUGGACGGCAGCGACAACACCAACGACUUCUGGUGCCUGGUGGACUCGGCCGACAUCCAGCCCAUCGGGACCUGCGAGAAGAAGGGCGACAUGCUGCAGCCGCCGCUGGGGUUUCGUAUGAACGCGUCGUCGUGGCCGAUGUUCCUCCUACGCACGCUCAACGGGGCGGAGAUGGCCCCCGCCACAGCCUUCAAGAAGGAGCCCCUCCGACCCCCCCAGAACAACCUGACGGCUGGCAUGAAGCUGGAGGCGGUGGACAAGAAGAACCCCUACCUCAUCUGCCCGGCCACCGUGGGCCAGGUCAAAGGUCAGGAGGUGUUCGUCACCUUCGACGGCUGGAGGGGCGCCUUCGACUACUGGUGCCGCUACGACUCCCGGGACAUCUUCCCCGUGGGCUGGUGCUCGGUCACCAAGCACAGCCUGCAGGCGCCCGGCAACAGUGUGUCGCCAACCAAGCCCCAGCCGCUGCCGUCCUUCUCCCCCUCCAAGCCCAGCCGGCGCUCCAGCCAGGCCUCCUUCCGGCUGCCCAGCCCGCUGCCCCCGCUGCCCGUCCGCAAGGGCGUGCGGGGUCGGCGGCCCAAGAGCGAGACCCUGGCCCUCCUGAAGGCCGCCGCCGCCGCCGCCGCCCAGACAGGCUCCCCGGGGGGCGGCCCCCAGCCCGGGCCCCUGGGGGUCCACACCCAGCUAGCCCCCCGGCCCCAUAAGAAGAGAGGACCCAAACCGGGCAGCAAGAGGAAGCCCAAGGUGCCCCCCGGCCCGGUGGGCUGCCCCUCCGUCCCCAAGGAGAGCCCGGCCGGCCCCGGGACGCUGCUGUCAACAGUGUGUGUGUACGUGAACAAGCAGGGUGACUGCGGCCCCCAGCUGGACCGGAAGCAGGUGCAGCGGCUCCCGGAGCGCUUCGGGCCCGGCCCGGUGAACCUGGUGCUCCAGCAGGUGGUCCAGUCCUGCCUGGACUGCUCCUACCAACCCAAGCUGCUGCUGGCCGCCCUGCAGACCCACUCCGGGUCCGGGGAGGUGGUCCGAGUGCGGACGGACGGCGGCGUGUGUCUGGUGAAGCUGCCCUCGGCCUCCAGCGCGUCCUUCGUGCUGCGCUUCCUGGAGACGGUGUGCCUCCACCUGCAGGGAGACAACCUGUUCAGCAGCCAGCCCUUCAGGACCUACCAGUCAGUGAAGGAGGAGGUGCUGGAGGCCCCGUCCCUGUCCCUGCGGCCCGGUAAGCGCGGCCUGUCGGGGGUCUCCCCGACGUACGCCGCCUCCCUGUCCCCCAAACACCUCUGCAGCGACGCCCACCCCUCAGAAGCAGAGACGCUGCCCCCCGGUGAGGGCGGCCCGAUGAAGGAGGCGUGGUUCAUGGACUCGGCCUCCGGCUCCAUGACCCCGCUGAGCCCCCGCGCCGACUACCACCCCUACUACCCCCGGGGGGGGGCGGCCCUCCGGAGGUCCUCCUCCCACCCCCCAGAGACCGCGUCCUCCACCGCCCUCCGCAGGGUGGAAGCCGCCAGCUCCACCACGGGCCCCGAGCCCACGGUCCCUGAGAGGGAGGGGCCCCCGGGGGCCGGCCGGAGCCCCGCCUCCUGGUCCAUCCUGGAGGUCAUGCAGUUCGUGAGGGAGGCGGACCCCGCGGCGCUGGGGCCCCACGCGGAGCUCUUCAGGAAACACGAGAUCGACGGCAAGGCGCUGAUGCUGCUGCGGAGCGACAUGGUGAUGAAGUACAUGGGGCUGAAGCUAGGCCCCGCCCUCAAGCUCUGCCACCACAUCGAGAGGCUGCGGGGGGGCAAGCCCUGACGUAACCUGGGCCCCGCCCACACACCUGGGCCCCGCCCACACACUAGGGCCGGCCCUCAAGCCCUUAACCACACCUGACAGACACACACCUGACAGACGCACACCUGACGGACACACACCUGACGGACACACACCUGACGGACACACACCUGGGCCCAGCCCUCAAGCCCUGACACACAC